UAUCAGAAGAAUCAGGAAACAAAUAUCCACUGGCCUUUCUGGAGUCAUGUGGAAUGGAGACUGGGCAAAUAUCUUGCUGAGAACCUCAUGCAGGCUCAAAUCAAUACUUUCCUCAAACUGGAUUGGGUGAGUUCUGAUACACUGGAUGGUCAAAAACCAUCAUUCACAUCAGUGUGCCAGCUCCUUGACUGGAUGGACACCCUGCCAUUGGGGCCAGGGUGGCAAGUAAUGCAACUCGAGGUUGAUGGCUAUGACACAGGGAAGAAGAUCAAUCUUAUUUAUUGUGAUGGACUAGAGGUUGUAGAGAGCCUUUUUGGAAACCUGAUUUUUGCCCAGAAUAUGACUUUCAACCUGCUUUGCAUACAGAGAAAUGGAGAGGAGGAAUAUGGGGAAUGGUUCACAGCACAGGAGGUGACACAUAUCCAGGACACUCUCCCUGACAGUGCAACCCUUGUUCCUGUUAUUGCUGCUUCAGACAAGACACCCAUUACAAGGUACACAGGUGGGCUUGAGAUGUGCCCACUUUUCCUCAUGAUCGCCAAUAUUGAUGCCAAUGUCCAUAUGAAGGCCACAGCACAUGCCUGGCGAUGUGUGGCUUUUGUGCCCAUUGUCAAAUUCGAGGUUCAUUCAGAUUACCAGAUGAUCUUGCAGUCCCAGCUCUGGCACAAAUGUGUUGACAUCAUCACAGAGAAGCUGAAGCAUGCCACCAAUUGCAGAGAGUUCAUGGCCAAUCUGUUUGGUGAUGUCUGA